CGCUGUCUGCCACCCGGCAUAGCUAGCUCGUGAAGGGCUAACAGCUAUGUUGCUAACUGUUAGCACAGCCAGACAAGCCAAUGGACAUCAGUGAGCACAACGUUGUAAAAUAGGGCACAAAUGUCACAUAGAAGGUGUACCACACUGCUUCAAAUGGUCGCCGUGAACCAGCUAAUAAGAGUACCAUUUAUAAAGUAACAACAAACUAAGCGCCGGCGUUAUUAACGCGUCAGAUAGCAUUACAUUGAAUGGAGACAACCAGGAGGUGAGUCUAGCUUGUUAGGCCAUCAGCAAGGCCAGCUAGCUAACGUUAGCUAGGCUGGGUAGCUAACGCUAGCUAGCUAGCUGGGUAGCAGUGUGGCGCUAUUUGUCAAAGCCUAGAUAGAUUUCCAACCGGCGUCACACAUAUCCGGUGUGCUAGCACCGCUCGUAAUGUUAUUCAUACGGGGGAAACUAGGCCUGUCUACGGUAAACUUGUAAAUAUAGAGUAAACGCUAGUUUUAAUUGCUAACAAUUACAACGAACUUGCGUUAAAAUAAGUGUAACGUUGAGCUUAAUAGCUAACAACGGGGCGGAAUACAUUUGAGAGAGGCAUGACGUGUAAACCGUCCAUCGCUGGUUAACAUUGGUUAAAGAUUAGCUAACGCAGCUAACUAGCUCUGUGUUAGCUAGGCUUGUUAGCGAGCUAACAAAGAGCCGUCGCUCCUCCUCGCUUUGUAUGCUCGGUGUUUCCAUUUCAAAUGGAUGUGGUAUCACUUAUAAGGCGGUGAAGAAAUAGUGAAACACGACUGGAGCACAUUCCGAGUGUCUGGCCGUCUUGCCUCCGCCUACAGUAGGAAGAUUGGUGCCUUUUGUCGGCUGUGCAUGUUUCUUCCUCACCAGUGAUUCCUUAUGCUUGAUAGAAGCUGCACCCUGUGUCUUACAGGAUGGAUGGUGUGGACUUAAAGAGACUUGUGUAUCAACAUCGGCACUCUGUGUUCUGCUCUGGUGUUUUCUCUUUUACCAUUUACAAGAGAACACCUCCCAUCCUGCACCCCCAAUCUCUCCACUACAUAUAUAAAGACCGUCUUUGAUUAAUACAAAAAGACAGCUGGAGAUAGAAGUUGUAAGACUUUCUAUCUUUUUUUUUUCUUUUUAAAGGACAGAUCGAUACUGCUAAUACAAGCCUAUAUGGCAGACAUGGAAGUCUCCUUAAUUUAAUUUUUCAGUUAGUGUACCCCCUUACGCUUAGUGUGGGUGGUGGGAUGUCGGAAAAGCCAGACGACAAAAUGGUGAAGUUCCUGGCUCCCCCCCAGAAGAGCGGAAAUGGCCCCAGUUCUGGUUCAGAUUCAAUGGUCAGUGAGAGCCGGCCGACAGAAGUGAGACGUCGGCAUCACACCAUGGAGCGUGAUCGAUGUAACCCUGAACACCGAUUCUUGCGCCGCAGUGUCAUCAGUGAUUCUAAUGCUACAGCAUUGGCCCUCCCUUUACCCAGCAAGAUCCCCAUCCCUGCACCGCAACGGGUUCAGCAACGAGAAGCCGUCCCCCAGCGGCAACUGGCUGCUCCUGCUGCUCGUUUGCCGCGGGCUGAACCAAGUUUAGCUCAAAAUCAAGAGUCUGCUCAUAUUGGAGGAGGAGAACAGAGAAAAGAAACAGCCAAGGUGGAUGUAGUGCCUUUAGAGCAGGAGCCUGCCAUUGUAAAAGAUACCUGUGAUGGAGAGGUGAUAGCAUCCCUCUCCGCACCAGGCUUAGGAACAGAAUUGCCAAGUCGAACAGAACCUGAAAGCACCACUGAAGUGAAAGUACAUCAUGAAGGAGAGGGGGAGGAAGAAGAUAAGGACUCUGCCAAGGCACGAGCAGAGGCAGAGCAGCGAGAAGCUGAGAAAAAAGUGCAGGACGACAUUGAAGAGGCUGAGACCAAAGCAGUGGGAACAUCUCCAGAUGGGCGUUUCCUGAAGUUUGAUAUAGAAAUUGGACGUGGCUCCUUCAAGACUGUCUACAAAGGCUUGGACACCGAGACCACAGUCGAGGUGGCUUGGUGUGAGCUGCAGGAUCGUAAGCUGUCAAAAACAGAGCGGCAGCGCUUCAAGGAGGAAGCAGGGAUGUUAAAGGGACUACAGCAUCCCAACAUUGUCCGCUUUUACGACUCCUGGGAGGGACCCUCAAAAGGCAGGAAGUGCAUUGUUCUGGUCACUGAACUCAUGACUUCUGGCACACUCAAAACAUAUCUGAAACGGUUCAAGGUGAUGAAAAUUAAAGUGCUGCGAAGCUGGUGUAGACAGAUCCUCAAAGGGCUCCACUUCCUUCAUACUCGGGCUCCCCCCAUCAUCCACAGGGACCUUAAGUGCGACAAUAUUUUCAUCACAGGCCCAACAGGAUCCGUCAAGAUCGGAGACUUGGGACUGGCCACGCUCAAGCGAGCGUCGUUUGCAAAGAGUGUUAUAGGUACCCCUGAGUUCAUGGCGCCUGAGAUGUAUGAGGAGAAGUACGACGAGUCAGUGGAUGUGUAUGCCUUUGGAAUGUGCAUGCUGGAGAUGGCCACCUCAGAGUACCCUUACUCAGAGUGCCAGAACGCUGCACAGAUCUACCGCAGAGUUACCAGCGGGGUGAAGCCGGGCAGCUUCGACAAGGUGGCCAUUCCUGAAGUGAAGGAGAUCAUCGAGGGAUGUAUUCGUCAGAACAAGGACGAGAGGUACUCGAUCAAGGACCUUCUGAACCAUGCCUUCUUCCAGGAGGACACAGGGGUGCGUGUGGAGUUGGCAGAAGAAGACGAUGGAGAGAUGGAGGCUAUUAAGCUGUGGCUGCGAAUUGAGGAUGUCAAGAAACUCAAGGGGAAGUACAAAGACAACGAAGCUAUUGAGUUUUCUUUUGACCUCAAGAAAGAUGUCCCGGAGGACGUGGCUCAGGAAAUGGUUGAGUCUGGUUAUGUGUGCGAUGGAGACCACAAGACCAUUGCAAAGGCCAUAAAGGACAGAGUGUCUUUAAUCAAUCGCAAGAGAGCACAGCGGCAGAAGGUCCGAGAAGAUCAGGAGAAGAGAAGGCUAGAAGAAGAACAGCAGAGUCAGUUACCUCCAGCACAGCAACCAGGCCAACAGCCAAUCACGGAGGUGCCUCAGCCCCAGCCGGUGGCACAGCCUGGUCCUUAUGUCCCUCCACAACCGAGCCAACACGGCACGCAUAUGUCUACCCAACCUGCAUCUCAGCAGAGCCUUCAGAGCUCUCUCUAUAACGCUCCUCAAUCAACCCAACUGGCCGGCAUGGCACAAGGCAUUCCUUUCAUCCCUCAGUCAACUGGGCAAGUCCCGGUCCCAGUUCAGGGUCAGAGUGUGGCCACCAUCCAGCCGGAGUCAGAGGAGCCUGAGACCGACCAACACCAACAACUACAGCACUCUGGAGGAGCCAUGGGAGACAAACUACCAGGUUCCACCAUCCGUCCAGAGGUCCAGCCUCCUCAGUCUGGAAUACCCUACAGCUCCCCUCCCAGUCAGCACCUUCAGCCCCAGGGUUCACUCCCACAGGCACAAAAUGACCAAACGCAACAGCAGCAGCUCUCAGUGGUUCAGCCCCAGAUGCAAGGUGUCCAGCCUCAAGCUGUUCCUGUUGCACCCAGCAGCCAGUCUGUUCCAGUGGCACCUGCACAGUACGGAGUUUACUACCAACCAAUGCUUCCCCCUCAGAAUCCCACCCAGCAAGUGAUGAUGUCCUCGCAGUCGUCUCCCCCCCAACAGCAGCCUCAGCCAGAGAGCAGCACCGCUCUACCACAGCAGACUGGAGCUCAGCUACAGUCUUGGGCCAAUGAUCCAAGUCCUCCUAUCCUGUCACCUCCACUCAACGCAGAGCACCUAUACUUCCUCUAUCAGGCCUCAUGCCUCUCUGCUCUGCAGGCCCCUGCGAGUGCCCCUCAGUCAGCACCAGCGGAGCCGCCAGGAUCGUCUGUGCUGGUGCCGCCGUCUGUAGAAACCUGCCUGUCGGAUGCAGCUUCAGGUCUUAGCGACGGCAAUGAUGGAGGCUCUACAUCGGGAGGUCGCCACGAGGGCCGCUCGAUGAAACGUCACCAGAGGAGAUCUGUACGCAGCCGCUCCCGCCACGAGAAGACCACGAAGGCCAAGCUCAAUGUUCUCAGUAUCUCUAAUGUGGGAGACAGAGUCGCAGAAUGUCAGCUGGAAACGCAUAACAGGAAGAUGGUGACCUUCAAAUUUGAUCUCGAUGGUGAUAAUCCAGAGGAAAUUGCACAGAUCAUGGUUGAGAGUGAAUUCAUCUUGGAAAGUGAGCGUGAGUCCUUCAUCGAGCAGGUCCGUGAAGUCAUAGAAAUGGCUGAUGAGAAAGGAGAGGGCCUGAAGGAAGGCUUUCCUCAGAUGAGUGAUCACCAACAACAGCCUGCGCUGUCUGUUCCCAUGCUGCCAGGCAUUUCCCCCAGCACUACAGCGCAGGUGGUGCAUUCAGCAGGACGGAGGUUCAUAGUCAGCCCAGUGCCAGAGUCUCGUCUUAGAGACCAGUUCUUUGGCGGUUCUUUUGCUAAUACCUCCUUUGGAGAUGAGCCAGCUCCUGCUAUGCCCCUGGGCCUUUCUCUGUCUGCUCCAUCUGAGACUCUCCAGCAGGCUUUCAGUAAAAUGAAGCAGGCGCGUGUAGAGAGAAGCAGCACCAUUGAUAUCCCUGCGACUGAGCAGGAACCAGGCCCUGUCCUGGCCACGGAGGCUGGACUCGGCCCAAACUCCAACAAUAUGUUGGCUCCUCCAGAAGCCGUAGCUUCCACUGCUAGCAUUACUUUUCCCGGCGUCGCAUCUACCGCAGCAUCCUCACCACCUCCCUCAACUGGGAGGGUUUCCCCUCCACCUACAUCUACUCAGUCCCAAACUCCAGCUCCUGCCACCAGUGAUCCCAGUCCCCCUCCUCAGUCAUCCCAUGAAACAGCCCCCUCACAGCUUUCACCAGCUGCCAACAUCCCACCCACAGCUUCCAGCAUUUCAGUGCAGACCUCCGUCCCCGCAGUACCCGGGCCUCAGCUGAGCGGUAGUUCUGUCUCUGUCUCUUCUGUUGUUAGUGUUGCAUCCAGUAGCACUGGCACCAGCACUGGCCCUGCUUCAGAGCAGCAGCCUGUGAAUUCGUCCGUCCAUCCACCACAGCACACAACCCAGGCUCAGCCUGUCCCCAUUUCUGCUCAGACCCCUCUUCCCACCUCGUUACCCAGUCAGAGCCAGGUCCAACCACAGCCAGUGGAGUCCGAGGGGGCGGAGCUCCCGAACAAGACUGCCGGCAGAGACGAUAUCAAGGCUCUAGAUAAGAAGCUACGGUCCCUGUUUAAAGAUCAGAGCUCUACCUCUGCAUCACUGGAUCAGAACACGGGCACUUCUUCUCCUCCCACUGGCACUUCUUCUCCUCCACCCGGAGCUGCGCUGGUGCCCCCAUCUAACCUUCCCCUCACUACCGGGGUGCAGGCAGUCCUGGGCCCGACCACCACCCCAGGACAGGGUCUUACCCCGGCAGGACAGACACCUCCAACUAAGCCCAGGGCACAGACUUUACCUACUGGUUUUGAUCAAGCUGCUACACCUCCCUCUGAGCUUGUGCCCCCAUUUCCUGGACCAAAUCAGUCACAGCAACCCCUGGGUAACUUGGACGCCCAGCUGAGGAGAGCUCUGAGCCCAGAGACGGUUCAGGGAGUCCAGCCUCCAGCAGCGGGUUUCACUCUGGGACGUUUCCAAGUGUCUGUUGCUACCGAUGGCGAGUCCAGCAGCGUUCCAGGUCCCUCGAGCAUCGUUUCGUCUUCUUCAAUCACGCCGUCUUCUACCUGUUCUUCCUCCUCCUCUUCCUCCUCCUCCCCCUCAAGUCCAGAGAAUACCCUCCACCGUUCAUCCUCUCUGUCCAAAGGAGUUUGUGAGACUGACACUAUAAAUGGAGCCUCCUCUCUCUCUGCUGGUCCCGCUUGUCAGCCGACCACUAUCGGGCGCUUCCAAGUGUCCACGGGCACCAACACCACAUCUGGGCCAACCACUGGCUCUAAAGUGGGCCGCUUUUCCGUCACAGUGACUCCAGCUCCAGCAGCAGGCUCCAGUCCAUCACAUGGCUCCAGUAUGCAGAAUGGGCCCUCAUCCUCAGCGUCUGAUCCCCAUAAUGCGCACACCCAUUACAGCAGUGACAAUGACGACGACUCUGAGACCGAGGACGAGGCUUUGCAGAAAGAAAUUAGCCGUCUCAGAGAAAGACAUAUGAUGGAGAUCCAGACAUUGCAGACUCGUCAGAAAGAUGAGAUAGAGGCCCUGUUCACGCGGAUGGGAAAACCUCCCCCUUCUACUGUCUUCUCCCCUGCUGUGGCAAUGGCCGGAGGUCGACGAAGGCUCAAAAGCAAAAGCAAAAGCCACAAAUCUGCCCGCGGUAGUGGACAACCCAGUCCCAAACACUCGGGAUCCCCAGCCUCAGCUCAGAGUCUUCAUGGUUUAGAGUCUCCUCCAAAGCAAAGUUCACGCUCAUCAACAGAGGCCUCAGAAACCGCAUCAGAGGCAUCACAAGCAGUUAACAUGUCCUCCGUAAAGCAGCUUCGAUCCUCUCCAUCCAUGCCCAGCCUCAGUAGUUGCUCCACAGGAUCAAGUGGGACAAGCUCCGCAAACGGUUCGGGCCAGAACCACUCUACUUCUUUGACCCAGGCCACUGGACCUCCUCCCUCCCACACACAGAAGGGCAAGGGUACCUUCACCGAUGACCUGCACCAGCUGGUGGAUAACUGGGCCAGGGAUGCCAUCAGCUUCUCCCAGUGCAAGAGAGGACCUAAAACUGGAGCAGCAGCGCCGCUGGGACAUGAUGUUAUCCCUCCAGCCAACAUGGGCCGUAAAUUCUCAGCACCAGGCUUCCUCUGCCCGACACUCCCCACGCCUUCUAGCACCGCAUCCGCCGCGUCGACUCAUCUCCCCAACCCAGCCAAUCCCUCUGUCCCUUUGGGGCCCCGUAAAGGCUCCCUGGGCCCGGUUGCACAGGGGUUUGGAUAUUCCUCGGCCCCAUACAGUGCUCCUCAGUGGGCAGGCCCCACAGGCGCAUGCCAGGUCAGCAUGCUCAACCCCGCACAGCCAAUAACGCAGUACCAGCCGCCUACAACGGCCUCAGGCUACCACAUGGGAACCACACCAGCCACCCAGAGUUCAGUCAUCCCCGGAGGGUCCAACCUGAAGCCCACGUAGCCCAGUUGUAGCCCUAGUCCACGCUUAGACGGAGGACCAAACAGGGCAGACAGUUGUUGAACGAGAACCACUAGCUCUCUUUGCAGUCGGCUGGUAAACUGGCUGGAUAUUGUGCUUUAUUUUUCUUUCUACUGUUAUUAUUAUGUGUUUGUUUGUUUUUUUCUUUCUUUCUGUAAUAGAGUUGACCUGUGUGGUUCACGUCCUCUGAGGCAGAACGAAAUCUGUCCGGCAAUUGGAGGUAGAGUGCAAUACACAUCCACAGCACAAGAGUCUCACACUUAGCCGGCCAGUGACUGUGGAAUCAAGCUGUGACGAGUCGGUCGUGUCUGGUGAUGUAAUGACCCGAAGGCUUAACCAACAGCAGCCAAAGAUGUCUUUUGAGAGCAGACGUUGCAACGUCGUCAUUCCUUUUGAAGAGAAGAUAGGAGGGGUUCACAUCCUUACUAGUCCUGCCCUGCUGGGACCGAAGACGGUUGAACUAAUGCACGCACACACGUGUGUGUGUGUGUGUGCGUGUGCACACGCACUUGAAAAAACAUGAACCUGGUUAAGUGACUUGGGAUGGUGGUAAAGUGAGUCUCAGAGAGUGAGUGAGGGGGGGGGGGGUGAACAGAAAGUGGUAAAUAACAGAGGGACAGUUAGCUUGUCUCAGACGGAUUAGCAAAGUGUGACUGGUUGAGUUGGGAGAAGAAAGACUUGGUAAGUUAGGCGGGCGUGUAAAGGAUAGGUUUGCAGUACGAAUACAUCCCAACCGCUACCUAUCGAGUCAAAUGCAAUAAUGGCAAAGAGUAGAUAAACUGUCCCUUGUACCUGUGGCCUUAAUCCCCAAACACAUUUAAACAUUGACUUUGUACAUAGAUAUUUCUUCACGGGGUUAUGAUUCCAUGUUCUGCAUAUUUAUGUCCCUGUGAGUCUGGUGACAUUGUAAUUUGAGUUGUCCAUCCAUACAGUUAUUCUUCACUUGUGAUAUGUAAACCGGUGGAUUUGCCACAUCCAAGAGCAUUGUCCUGGUGUUGACCACCAUUCACAGUGUGACAUUUAAGAGGUGAUGCUGCUGUGACUCUUUUUUUUUUUUUUUUUUCUCCUCGCAACAGUGAAAUAAGAAACCCAAAUUGACACGUGAAAUAACUUAUUCAAAAUCUGCUCGAUAUCGUAGAACAUUAACUCUGGUUUAUUGCAAUAGUAUUUAUAGAAGGUUUCAGUCCCAGUUGUUUACACGGGUGGUGCACAGUACACGGAUGAACAGGUCGUUAGUGAAGUCCCGUUAAAUAUCUCCGCUCAUGACAUCUCGCAGUCACCUCUCAAAUCACUAGUGUUUGGGCUUCUUUCUUUCUGUGGUCUGUUUUUGUAUGCGUAUAUUUAAUAAAACAAAUGUUCCUUAUGGACCUGUAUUCAGCCAUCAGAUUUUGAUGUUUCACUGUAAUUAUUAUUAAAGGUUGUUAAACAUGUAGUUAAAGGAAUAUAAAAAGUGCAAUUGCAGGGUUGUUGAUGGUAAUCCUACUCACCGCGCAGGAGUAAUCCUGUUGUUUAUUAAGCUCUUCUCUCUGACUGC